CAAUAACAAAGUGAUUGUUCUUAUUCGCCCCUCGCACGUUCCGUUUCUGCCGGUCUGGAUCCGCGUUCACACUUUUCCCGCUCUCCUUUCUCGACUCCACACAGGCAGUCGCUUUCUUUACCCCAGCAACUUUACUCAUCCCAACCGUUUUUUCGACUUUUUACACUCUUGUUCCAGGAGCCAUGGUCAUUGACGACCGGUCCUGGUACACUGCGUGAAAGUCUCUACAGAUACUACAUCCUAACUCGUUUCCUCCGGAGCCCCGUCUUUCCCCGAUCGCUAUCCCACCACCCACGCGACAAUCGCAACAUCCAAAUUCAAGACGACUGGAGGGUGGUCGCAGUAAACAUCUGUCGAUUUACAAACUAAGGAAAGGGCAAACGAACUAUGGGACCAUCAGACGCACCCUCCUCGCCGACGUUCCCUGCCCUGGAUCCUAUCAUAAUGGACGAUGAGAUGGAAUCUACAUUCCGCAACGCCAAUAUGGAUUUCCUUGACCCAACGAAACUUGAGAUUCCCUCGGGGUCUGCUGGAGGAGAUUUUGAUGAUCUAUUCGCCCAUGUCACCCACAGUCGCUCCAAUGCCGUCCCGGAGUCGUCCAAGGCUUAUCAAGACCAACACCCCCUGAGACAACCACCGUUGAUGGCAGCGGAGUCACCAGCAGAGUCGCCAGACAAUUCGAGCCGCAGCUCUUCCUCGGAAUCCCCACGCAAUCAUCACCGCCAUGCUUCGGUCGCUUCAACAAACUCCGCCGCACAUAGCGAAAAUCCGUUGACCUCCGCCGGUUUCUCAACAGAAGAUUGGAUGCGUCCUGAACUGUCGUCUGUGAAGGAAGAGUCGCCAUUUACAAUUGAACCGUCUUAUCCCAUGGACGGGUUUUCCAUGGACCCUGAUUUGGAGUCGAGCAACAAGGCUAUGGAUGCAGCCUUCGAUUUUGAAAGCGCUGCGAGCAGCCCCAGCCCACUGAAAACCGAAAAUCCGCCGCAACCAAAUCCCCCAAACGCAUCCCAAUCACAAUUCUGGAGUCCUGCGACAGCUCCCGCUGUAGCGCCAUCGAACGAGGCUCCCGUCGCAAGCAGAUCAUCGCAGGCCCCGGCUCCCGGAUCACCCUUCUUCCCUUUUGGUCUCAAAGAACAGUCUCCAUUCUCGGGCACAUUUCGUAAUGAUUCAGAGAGAUUGGCUGCUCCACAAUGGGGCACCCAGUCUCCGUCAUCGCUGUUGGAAGAAAGCUUCGGCGGCAUUAACAUGAACGGGCAGUCACCUCUACACCAAGCAAUGUCGCCCAGCAUAAACUUCGGCUCGCCUGCUGCAUACCCAUUUCCCGUCAAUUUCGGCUCGUCGCCGGCUCAGCCGGUGGAUACUACUAAUUCCGUCCAGCCCGUUCUCACGGUUCAUCCGACCUCCCUCAAAUCGCGUGUUGAAACUCAAAUUCCGAUCCGAUUAACUCUAUCCCCGCUGCCGGCCAGCGUGAAGAAACUGCGCCUCCCUUCUCACACCAUCUCCAAACUCAAAUUCCUUGCCUCCGCUGCUACCGAACCCUCGCCCGACACUCUGCAACUAUAUACAAGUCUCGUAUGCACUAGUGCAAUGCAAGAUCGUGAAAAAUUAAAACGAGCUUUUGCACGCACAAGGGGUGAAAGAUACCAAAGCGGAAACGGUUCGAAAGAAGACCAGCCUUUGGAAGGUGGAGACGUGGUGAUCUGCGGAGGGUGUAUACAACGAGAACGGAAACGUGCUUCUCGAAAGAAGCAACGGAAGCCUGAAGAGGAUGAGCUGUUCCAAAAGGACGAGGAAAAGAGGGUCAUUGUCUUCAACACAAGUGAGAUCAAGGAAUGGACCGAGCCGCCUAAGAACACUUCAACUGGCUAUGACAUGCCACCCGCUCCCCCGGGAUCGAUGCAAGUAGAACUUCCGAUGCGAAUCGCCUGUUACUGUCGGCACCAGAAUGAGAAGCUUGGGUUCCAGGUUAUCUUUACCAUUAAGGAUCACUUGAACAACGUCGUUUCUCAGGCAAUUACCAAUUCGAUAAUGAUCACAGAUGAUCACAAGACCCAAGCUCCUGCCGCCCCAGUACCAACAGGCCCUUCGCCUUCGUUGCCAGAUGGAACUCAGUUGCCUGGCGUUGGUGUGUUCUCUUCGGGGUCGAAUCCGGACAGCGGCAAAGGUGCGAAUAAUGCGUUUGCAUCCCCUCAGUCGCCUACGGAUCUCCAGGGUCUUCAACAAAGGUUCAAUUCGCAGUACCAGCUUACACCAAGCUCUUUUGCUGCUGUUCAAGGCUCGGCUAAUAGCACGUCUGCGCCUUCACACCAUUCCCGCAGCCUGUCUCGGCAGGCAUCGCCAACUGAUUUCCCUGGCCCACAAUCCAAACGACGCAAGCACAGCAGUUCUGGGAGACUACCAUCAGAAUUGACCAUGACAAGGAUGGAGACACCGCAAUCAUCAUCAGCCGCAAUGAACGCUGCACAGCUCGCUGCUGCUCGCGGAUAUGCUUCUCCGACAGAACGGCCGUUUGUGACACCUUCAUCCAUGAACGGGCAGUACGGAAAUGGACCACCGACUCCCAACCAAAGCAAUGACAACAAUCCCUUCUUCAAUCCUACCCCAGCUCAACGACAGAGCUUGGAUAGCUUGGCGCAUCAGCCUCUGGGGUCCGCACCGAACUCUGCUCAGCCUAGCCGGCCAGGAACACCCGGUACUUCCGGUCGCAACGGUUUCCAAGAUCCUAAUCUUGCGCUCGCUCUUGGUACCAACUCUGCAAGCCAAAUAUGGCCUCCCCUUGCUGCCACGCCCAGCCGUCUUCCUUCAGUUAUCCAUAAGCUGGUCCCAGCGGAGGGGUCAAUUAUUGGAGGUACAGAGGUCACAUUAUUAGGUAGCGGCUUCUAUCCCGGUAUGGAGGUUGUCUUCGGUGAUACGCUUGCGACAACUACGACAUUCUGGGGAGACAAGUGCCUCAACUGUCUGACUCCACCAGCGCUCCAGCCUGGUCUAGUGUCGGUCAUGUUCAAACAUGAACACCCGACUUUUGGCCAAGUACAGCAACCCCAGCCUCUCAUGCCCAAGCAGCAACUCUUCUUCAGAUACGUGGAUGAUCGUGAGCUUCAGAUGUACCGUUUAGCUCUCAAUAUCCUUGGUCAGAAGUUGGGCAGCCAGGCGGACGCAUUCCAAACAGCUCAGCAGAUCAUGGGGAGCGAUCCGAAUGCAUUUUUGAACAUGCAAAAAGACAUGCAGGGCGGUUCCUCCGGUGGUCAUCAGCGGCAAGUACCAGGAAUGGAGGCUCAGGGCAAGCUCAGCGAUCUUGACUCUAAGAUGCUGACCUAUCUUGAGUUCAUCGAUCUUGAUGACAGCCCGCGGCCGCCUCGCUUCAACUCUCGCAGCUUGACCGGACAGACUCUCCUGCACUUUGCGGCUUCUAUGGGAUUGACUCGGUUUGUUGCGGGAUUGUUGGCUCGCGGUGCCAAUCCCGAUGUGCAGGACAACACCGGCAAUGCACCAAUGCAUCUGGCUGCUCUUCACAGCCAUGCCCACAUUGUUCAUCGACUCCGUCUGGCUGGUGCCAACGCUAAUGCUCGGAGCGUGCGUGGCUUCACUCCUGCUGACCUGGCUACAUCGUUGCCUACACACCAGGCUGCUCUGUUGCCUUCUCGUCAUUACCGUUCUCGCAGCGCAGGGUCUCUUACUUCACGCCGCAGGCACAGCAGCUCUGCUUCGCUCAGUUCCCUUUGGGAGGCGUCAUCCGCUUCUGGGUCCCUCGGCCACGCGGUUGACGACUCGGAAGAGCUGGAAGACAGUGAAGACUUUGACAGCGAGGAUUCUGAUGAAAUGCCUCUCCAUUUCAGCGCCUCUCGACGAUCGAGUAUGCACCAAGAUGUCGCUCCCCCAAUUGUGGACGGUGGUGAGCAAGUGGUGGGCCAUGCUGAUACCCCAGGCUUCUCUCCGCCCGCGGCAGUCGUCGCAUGGCGAAAUCAGCUGGCUGCACAAAUCAAUCACUUCCAGCAGAGUAUGGCUAAUGCUUUCCCCAAUAUCCCUGCUUUGCCACCAAUGCCUGCUCUGCCUCCACUGCCCGCUUUACCGGACUAUCAGGCCAAUCAGAUGAUGCGCCGCAUCACUAACCUUGUGCCUCAUCGUCCAGUGGCUGAUGGUUGGUGGGAUUACUUGAAGGGCAACACUGCCCAAACCCAUACACAGCCGCCUUCCUACGAUGAACUAUAUCCGCACCAGCAGGCUCGUGUGGACGAGGCUGAGAUGAAGAAAACAUCUCUGCUACGUGCAGCGACAGAGGCUGCAUUAGAUGAACACUUCGAAGCUCAGAACACUGUUGUUGCCUCCACAUCUGCGGCUGCCGCCUCUACCCCCCGAACGCCCACGAUCGGCGAAGGAUGA